AUGAGACAGAGGGGACAGACGACGCAGAACACUGACGGGACAGGGACCACAGGUGGCUACAAGCGAUUGAAAAUGGCGGCUGACAAGACCAAAAAGGCGCCAAAAUCAGGAUUUGGCAGACAUCAUAAAUUACUUGGCUUUCCUGACCCAACUGAUGACUUCCUAUUGAGAAAAAUGCUGAAAGGUAUGAGGAACAUGUCUUCCAUGGAUGAUAGCAGGGCCCCAUUUACCCUUUGUUUGCUUGAGAAACUGAUGCACGGUUUGCAGCAUGCCCGCUCAUCACGCUAUGAAGCAUGCUUGUUCGAGGACACGUUUUCACUUACAUUUUUUGGAUCUCUUCGGAUAAACUGGUCAUGGCUCAACUCUGUAAAUAGCCAAACAUACCACUUCGUCGUGUGCUGUUUACAAUUUGAGGUCAUACUUGUCAACUCCACGAAAGUCCUCAGCUCCUCAACGUUUCUUCACUACAGUACUAGCCCAGUGACUCAGUUUCAAUUCAGGGCUGUACUUGCUAAGGCUCUUAGAUUUAUUGGCUGCAGUACAUCAUCAUACAAAUCACACUCAUUUCGCACUGGUGCAGCCACAACAGCUGCGAUUCAAGGCAUCCCAGAGCAAACAAUCAAGGAGUGGGGCCGGUGGAAGUCAAAUGCCUUUAAAUCAUAUAUUAAAAUCAACUUGCCUAAAUUCAGUAUAUCGUCAUCAAGUUCUUUAAAUGCUUACAGAAAUUUGGAUAAUUGGCUCAUCGAUUGUGUACUGGGCUUACAGAAAGGCAGUUGGACGACCGAUAGGUUUACAUCUGUCUUUGGAAAAACUUAGAGGAGGGAUAACUUGGCUUGGGAAAAGGGGGAUGAAGUGGCACCAACUAAUUCCUUAUCUCACCCCCCAAAAUACUUGUUAUACAGUUGGGGUCCAAUGACCCUGUCUAUAGAAUUGGUAACAGUUAUGCUCGGUUACAGAGGCGGAUAUUCAAGCUAUCACUAAGCUUAUGCCCCAAACCAAGUUAAUGUGGUCAGAGAUGC